GAAAACUAGGAUGUGCUUGAUUGUGCUUCACAAUAAAUUUGUGAGAUAUUGUUCAUGUUAAUUGAAGAAAUCAUGGCCUAAGUCUCUAAAGGAUGCUCUAGAAGCAUAUGUUUGAGUAUCAGGAAGUCAUGAUAUAGUCAAAAUUCUGCUAGGAUUGAGUUAGGAUGGGCUUUACAGUAUAUGGAAGACCGACUUUUUUUUUUUUCCGACUAUAUUGAAAUUUGACAUCUCUCUGCCCCCGAGAUGACUCUAGUUCUAAUGACCCAAAGCCCAUUGGUCCUAAAAGGGAGUGCAAUAUAAGAACUUCUUAAAGAGGUCACGAUUUUAUUACUUGCCCAAACAUGUUUAACUUCAAAAUUUUGUUAUGGAUUAAAAAUUUUCCUAUAACCCACCUGCUAAGAAAGGAUAUGUUGAAGCUAUUCCAUCAAGUGGGUUGAGGUCGAUUAUCUAAAAAAAGAGUGAUUAAUAUAAUGAAUUAAUUAUAAAAUUUGGAGGCUCUGUAAUUCUCUAAAGCCAUAGACUAUGCAGUGUGCUGUUUGAAUAUCAAAAAAUUUCUUCAACUGCUGAGUAGGCUCUCUCUUCUCAACAAGAUGGUAUGGAGACCUAUGUGUCUGUUUUGCACAAGUACAUGGUCAGUGCCGUGGGGAAGUUGCAUUGAUAAUAACCUAACGCCUCCAUUUUAAAUUUCUGUUCAAACGUACUCUUUUUCUCGUCAACCAAGCCUCCAUUUUAGACUGUCAAAGCCAUCAGCAAUCCACUAGACAGUCAAAGUAGUCUAUCAGAAGGAAAAUGAAUAUGAUUCUUCCAACCAAAGCUCCUAGACACAAGUAUAAAAUUGAGGUUGGCAAGGGAGAGAGGAGAAGAACAAACAUCUGCUUCCACAAAAUGGAAGCAGUCAAGCUACUGGGAGCUUGGCCAAGUCCCUUUAGUUACAGAGUCAUUUGGGCUCUGAAACUCAAGGGAGUGAGCUAUGAAUACAUUGAUGAGAAUAUCUUUAACAAAAGUGAGAUGCUUCUACGGUACAACCCAGUUCACAAGAAGAUUCCUGUGUUGGUUCAUGGUGGGAAGCCGGUGGCUGAGUCCAUUGUCAUUCUUGAGUACAUAGAAGAUACUUGGCCUCAGAAUCCCUUGCUCCCAGAAGACCCUCAUGAGAGAGCAAUGGCUAGAUUCUGGACCAAGUUUGAAGAGGACAAGACCCCAACUUUCUUUGCUUUCUUUCGAACUGUGGGAGAGGAGCAAGAGAAGGCUGUAAAAGAAGCAAAAGAACUGCUGGAAAUCGUGGAAGAGAAUGCUCUUGGGGAUAAGAAAUUUUUUGGUGGUGACAAGAUUGGAUUGGCUGAUAUAGCAUUUGGAUGGAUAGCUGGCUGGCUUGAAGUCAUGCAAAAAGCAGUCGGUGUAGAGUUACUGGAAGCUGACAGGUUCCCUCGUUUACAAGCUUGGAUGAAGAAUUUCAGGGAAGUUCCUGUCAUCAAGCAAAACCUUCCUGACUAUGAUGGAAUGCUAGCUUAUUUCAGAUGUCGACGAGAAAUGUUUAUCGCAUCAGCAAGAUCACAUACAAUGUGAUUAUUUCACAAACAAAUUAAUCUUUUAUCAUCUCGAUGGGUAAAAUGCAUGUGGGAUAGAAUCACUCUCAAUAUGAGACAAUGACUUCUAUGUGUUUGAUAAAAUUCUAAUAUAACUAUUCGUUGUGAUUA